GUUGAUCCGGGUGAAUUGACAGAGGCAUCCGACCUGAACCCAGCCAAAAAGAUUCCAUUUCAGUUUUUAACUUUCUCUAACAUAGAUUGUCCUACGACCCUUGGUCAGGUAACAUGUCUCAUACCGUCAUCACGACCUCCACGACCACCGCCAGGACAUCCGGUUCGGACGGCUGCCUCAACAUGGGUUACACCCGAACCAUCCCGGGACUACUGAAAAUCGGACAGAUGCUGGCCCUGCUGGUCACCUUCCUGUGCGUCCACUGCGCGUACGGCUGGCCCAGCUGGGCCGCCUUCCAGUACUUUGAGGUCGUGGCCCUGUGGUUCUUUGUGGUGCUGCUCGUCUUCUUUCUCAUGCACUUGUUCCGACUGCAGGGCAAGAUGCCGUGCAUCAACUGGCCGCUUACGGAGUUCUUCCACUACGCCCUCGGCACCAUCCUCGUGCUCAUCGCCUCCAUCAUUGGUGCGGUGAAGGCCAGCGGGGUGUCUGCUCUGGUCGUCGCAACGGUCUUCGGGUUCAUCGCCACCUUCCUGAUGUCGGUCAGUCUGUGGACGACCUACAGCGUGUCCUGCGGCUCCCAGCCCACCGGUGCAGCCGUGUAGUCCCAGACCUCACGACCUGGACAGUGGACGGUUACAGAUCAGUGCUGGAGACAGUAGAUCUCCUCGGCAGUGUUGCUCUCUUCACUUGCUUCAACCCAAAGCCUGCAUGCGCUCUCUCUCUCUCUCUCUCUCUCUCUCUCUGUCUCUCUCUUUCUCGCCACACACAUAUACAUCCUUGACCACUAAGUGGCGUCACACUCUGCUUCCAUGCUGCAGGAGGUGAACUGUUACUGCUUCUGCUUCGCCACAUCUGCUGCUGCUCUGUUGUGCCACCGCCCCACAUUCCCCCCAACGCGGUGCAUGUCCCCCCCCUCCAUCACUGAAGGGGGUUGCAGUCUGAUCUGCAGCCACAAGGUAGCCUGAUUCUCUCCCUGCUGGAUCACAUGGUCACUUUGCUGAUGUUUUAUUGUUUUCAGAAGAGCCUUUUAUCGAAUGUUUGCACUGACAGAACAGCGCCCUCUUCCUGUUUGGUGCCAUAUGACGUUUCCUGAGCGUCAACUGUUUACAAUCGUUUUUUUAACUUUAAAGGGUCAAACAAUCCGUAUGUCAGCCCAGUUAGCCUUGCAUGCUAAUCACCGUUAGCAUGCAACAGCUAAAACACGCCACCUAACAUGCAUGCUAAUGUGGUUUAGCAUGCUGCAAGGCGACUCGGGCUAAUUUUACAUAGCAUGAAACAGUCUGUGUCUGAACUACAUUGUCGACAAAAUAGAGUCAACUUCUUCGCCAAGAUUUUCUAUUAAAGUUCGAAUUGAAACUUUACAUUAUGACCACCUGCUCAACGUUACGAAGCUUCACAUUUAGCGACCACAGCUUGGUUGUCACGACAGAAGACACAUGCACUGAAGACUCCCUGCUGCUAUGGUUGUUACGUUAAGCUAAGCUAAGCUAACUGGUAGACUUUGGCACGAUCAGCAAACUGUCGGCGGGUGGUCAUAAUGUUGUGAUCUACUACUGUUUACUCUCCUAAUGGCGGUGUUUACAUUCGAGGAUGUCACUCACAGACGACUGUUACAACACGUCUGCACACGAGCACCUUCGACGUUAGCAUCGUGCUGGCAUAGAUGCCUCAUGGUCAGGACCAGACCACGUCCUCAGUGCUUUAACAGACACUUGCGAUCCUCGAGCACAAGCCGCUGUAGACCAGAUGAGAGUUGAACCGCUAACACAGUUAAGAUCAGUUCGCCCACUAAAUUGCAGGAUGACAUUGAUGACGCUUGGACGCGGGUUUGUCACAAAUUAUUCUAAUGUAGUGCUUGGGAUCCUUGGCUGGUCCUGGAGUAGCAGUGUAGGUAGCAAAUAUGUCUUGUGGCGUUGACAUCACGUCCUGCAGUGGCGUUGGGAUUGCUCUAAACUUUUUAAUGAGUAAAUGAAAUUGAAAAAUAGCACAGUUGAUGGUGCUUUCUUCCCAACACGUUCCUCAAGUGGACACAUUUGGUACCUACAAGAGCUGUCCACCCCUGAUUCGCUCAACCACGUCAUGUGACUGGAAUCCAGAACAAACGUUUCUCUGCUUAUGUCAGUGUGCGAAACUUAUCUGACAGAAUCAAGAGCGUGUUGGACUUGGCUUUCUGUUGGCGCUGACUUUUGUUUCAGAGAAUAAUCCAGACCUGAACCCUCACUAGACCAGAAACCAGAGUUUCUGAUGCUUGGCUCUGGUCAAACAAACGUCGCUUCAUGUCAUGAUUCAUAGUUAAUGAAGUUCAUAAUCUGUCAGUUUGUAAAAAUGUUUCAGCUAAGUUUUUUUUUUACCACAAUAAAAGUUUUAAAUGACAAACAACCGACAGUGAGUUAUUUGAACAAUAACUGAAUAAAACUCCGACAACUGCGAACAUUUUGACAAACGGGUGCAGCUCACAGCUUUAACUAUUGAUCCUUUCCUCCCAAGUGCCUUGUCAUGCUACGUUAGCCAUUAGCGAGCUAACUGGCCUUCAACGGUUUGAUGUUAGUCUGAAGUGGUUCUGCUAUAAAUGUAUCAACGUGUUAAAUGACACUGAGGUUCACUCGUUUUUAUCGGAACUUUUGUUCACCUGUGAUCUGGUGCAUGUUGUUAAUAAAGGCUCGUGG